CAGUAUAGCACCGCGGAAUGUGCUGUAUCAUCAGACAAGUCGACUAUAAAGGCACCAAGUGGCAAACUAGAAGGUGUCCUGUCGCACUGCAGACAUGUUGAGGCUGCUCCUGCUCACCGCUCUUGCCUCUUUGGCUCUUGCUGAUGAGGAGCCCCAGGCUCUCUUCUUGGAGGAAGUGGAGGGAAGAGUUGUAGGCGGUGAAGUAGCGAAACCACACUCGUGGCCCUGGCAGAUCUCUCUCCAGUUCCAAUCUGGCAGCUCAUACCAUCACACCUGUGGAGGGACCCUGAUCAGGAGAGGAUGGGUGAUGACCGCAGCCCACUGUGUGGACAGGCAAAGGACCUAUCGUGUUGUGCUUGGUGAUCAUAACAUCUCUCAGCAUGAAGGCAAGGAGCAGUACAUCUCUGUCAGCCGGGUCUACAUUCACCCCAACUGGAAUUCCAACAUGAUUUCAAAUGGGUAUGAUAUCGCUCUGCUCCGUCUGUCUGCUGACGCAACUCUGAAUUCUUACGUCCAGCUGGGUUCUCUGCCUCCCUCUGGUCAGGUCCUGCCCCACAAUAACCCCUGCUACAUCACCGGCUGGGGCCGCACUCAGACUGGAGGAUCCCUCUCUUCUAACCUGAAGCAGGCCUACCUGCCUGUAGUGGACCAUAAGACCUGCUCCAGCAGCAGUUGGUGGGGAGGUUCAGUUAGGACUACUAUGGUUUGUGCUGGAGGUGGAAGUCUCUCAGGUUGCCAGGGUGACUCUGGUGGCCCCCUGAACUGCCAGGUCAAUGGAAAGUACUACGUCCAUGGAGUCACCAGUUUCGUUUCUGCUCAAGGCUGCAACGUGCAGAGGAAGCCUACAGUCUUCACCCGUGUGUCUGCCUACAUCAGCUGGCUGGAGAACACCAUGCAAUAAGAACAAGCCAGAGAAGACGAGGAGUAUCCUAAAGAAGCAGGUCCAGUUCACUUCUCCAGGAUCUCAAAUAUAUCAUCACCGAAUAUAUUUUUAAACAUAAUUCUAACAAGCCAGCUGCCAUUUAUCAUAGUGUUAAUAUUUCAUGAAGAAUGGACCAAUAAAAAUGUUCCAAAAGCUUGUUCCAUCAACUUUAAA